AUGCGAGUGCGUCGGUGUUUAUUGCGAAGACCUUGUUCCUUCGCUAAAUUGAAGAAUAUACGUCUCUGUCGACGAUUAUCAUUAAUUUAUCAAAUAUUCUACUAUAACAAUGACAAUUCAAUCGAUCUUCGUAUUGACACAGUUCUUCAGCCGUUAUUUUUCAUGACUGAUCGUCUGGCGAAAUAUCUUGGUAGAUUAUUCAUUUGUUUCUUUCUGAUUAUUAUGUCAGUUGUUAUCUACAUAUUUUACACCUCCAUAUUUGUCCAUCUAUACGAUGCUAUUCACAAUGAGCACAACUAUUUCACGUUUCUCAGUCACAUCAUUGUCUCGCACUGGCUGCUCAUGAAUAUCAUGUUCAAUUAUAUUCAGUGUACACGAGUUGAUCCAGGCUCUUCGCCAAACUUCGGCUAUGUCAAACCAUAUGAUUUUGACAAAGCUAAUCGUGAUCUAAUGAAAAAGCACGAUGCAAUUAUCGAUAGCAAUAACAACAACAGAUCAAAAGAAGUAACUAUUGUGAAUAUUUCAAAUGAUGAUACUGAUUAUACUCAAUUGAUGACUAAUACUCCUCUCAAUUCUUUGAAUUCGAUUAUCAAUACCAAAAUUAACUGUCAAAAUGUUUGCCGAAAAUGCAUAUUUCCUAAGCCUACACGUGCUCAUCAUUGUUCCAUAUGUGCACGUUGCAUAUUAAAUCAAGAUCACCAUUGCCCAUGGAUCAAUAAUUGUGUUGGCCAUUUGAAUCAUCGUUAUUUUUUUCAAUUUUGCUUUUUCUUAACACUUGGUUCAUUCUAUGCGGCAAGCUUGGGUUUUACUGAAUUUCAACAUUUUCUCUUCGGCCGCAAGGUUUUCUCCUAUUUGGAUCUACUUUUCGGUCGGCAUAUGAACGAAGUGGAAGUUUUACCGUCUGUGACCAAUGCAUCGAUGUAUUAUACAUUUUUAUUCUUAUUUAUUGUUGCCAUCACAGCUGGAUUGGUUUUAUUCGGUUUCACUCUGUGGCAUUUCUGGUUAAUAUCACGUGCUGAGACAACGAUCGAUUUCCAUACCAAUGCAACAGAACGAAAACGGUUAAAAGAGCUCAAUCAAAAAUUUGUCAAUCCAUAUGACUUAGGCUUUGUUUUGAAUUGGAAAAUGUUCCUGGGAUUUAAUCGAUGGUACGAAAUUUUGUACAAAAACCUGUUGCCAUCCACGCACCGACCAUUCUGUGAUGGAAUCAAUUGGCCACGAAGAAAACUACCGGACAUUUUAGAAGAAAAGCCAAUACUCGGCAUCCUGAAUGUUUGA